UGACUUGACAUUUGAAGCGAAAGCAAAUGGCGGUGUGCAAUAAACACACGUGAUUUUUGUAGUGAUGUUUAUUUUAUAGAAAUAAUAUUUUUUACAAUAUAGAUAAACAUAAUAGAAGAAUUUAAAAGUUCCUUAUUAUUUUUGACAAAGUUGGACUUUAUUGUCUUAAAAAAUGGGUGACGAAAAAAAGGUUAUGUUUCAUGAAAUGGAACUGGAUGACCGUAUUUUAAAGGCUAUAUCACAGCUCGCGUGGCCGGAACCAACAUUAAUUCAGGAAACCGCCAUACCUCUGUUAUUGGAAGGCAAAGAUGUGUUGAUGAGGGCUAGGACUGGCUCAGGAAAAACCGCGGCCUUCACAAUACCAGUUAUUCAGAAAAUAUUGAAUUUGAAGAACACUAGUACUCAUCAGUGUAUCAGAGCUCUCAUAUUGUCACCAAGUAAAGAGCUUUGUGGACAGAUAGCAUCUGUAAUUGGUGACUUGACUACAAAGUGUGCAAGGGAAGUAAAAUGUAUAGACAUAUCAUCAAGUGGAGAUACGCAGUCACAGACAGCGUUAUUGUCAGACAAACCAGACAUUGUAGUGGGGACACCGUCAAGAGCAUUGACACAUUUGAAGGCCAAGCAUAUGAAAUUGAAGGAGGAUCUCGCAGUACUGGUGGUUGAUGAAGCUGAUUUGGUGUUCUCCUUCGGUUACGAGGAAGAAAUAAAAGAAUUGCUGGGAUAUUUACCAAAAAUCUACCAAGCAGUGCUAGCAUCAGCUACACUCUCAGAAGAUGUUUUGAGUCUCAAGAAAAUUGUUCUUCGCAAUCCUGUCACAUUAAAACUGGAGGAACCAGAACUGGCUCCGUCCACACAGCUACAACACUAUCAUCUGUUUGCUGAAGAAGAUGAUAAGGCAGCCAUAUUGUAUGCAUUGCUGAAGUUGAACCUCAUUAGAGGAAAGAGCAUAAUAUUUGUGAGGACAGUAGAUAGGUGCUAUAAAUUAAAACUAUACCUAGAGCAAUUCAAAAUUGGUUCAUGUGUAUUAAAUUCUGAGCUUCCCGCCGCAGUCAGAUGUUUGUCUGUAGACCAGUUUAAUAGAGGGCGGUAUCAGAUCAUUAUAGCCUCAGAUGAAAUGGCGUUAGAGACACCGGAUGGUGGACUAGUACCAAUAGAAGAGAGGAAAAAGAAAAAACAAAAGUCUAAACGGAAGAAAGAUAAAGAGUCCGGAGUGUCUAGAGGAAUAGACUUCCAGCAUGUGUCCAAUGUUAUAAACUUUGACUUCCCUCUAGAUGUUAACUCAUAUGUGCAUAGAGCAGGAAGAACUGCCAGGGGCAAUAAUCAGGGAUCAGUGUUAUCAUUUGUGUCCAUAAGAGAAAAGCCCUUAAUGGAAGCAGUUGAAUCACAUUUAGCAAAAGGAUUCAAAACUAAACAGGUUAUACAAAAGUACGAGUUUGCGCUAGAAGAGGUGGAAGGUUUCCGCUACCGGUCACGCGACGCGUGGCGCGCCGUCACCAGGAUAGCCGUCAGGGAGGCGCGGCUCAAGGAGAUCAAACAGGAACUGCUCAACUGUAAGAAACUGCAGGGCUACUUCGAAGAAAACCCAACGGAUUUGGCGGCGUUACGAAGAGAUAAAGCAUUACAUACAGUCAAAGUGCAACAUCACUUGGCUCAUGUACCGGAGUACCUAUUACCGGCCGCGUUGAGGAGUGAGGAUCCGGGCGAUGAUGACCAGGAUGCCGUUGAAGCCCAGGCUCCCGCGCCGCAGAAGAAGAGGAAGCAAAAUGCCAACUUUGGUAGCACUAAGAGGCAUAAAUAUCAGGCACGUCAAAACGAUCCACUGAAGAGUUUGAAUGUGAAAAACAAGAUCCCUGCUGGCGACACGUAGCAGACAGGCUGUUAGUAUCCGAAUGGAUAUUUUUUUUUAAUAAAGUCGAUAAAAACAACGAAUGUUUUUAUAUCUUAGUGGUUUUAUACUAUUUGUGUUAAGACUAGAAUUACACUUCACUCACACUAGAAGAUGAUUUAAUUUUAUGAUAAAAACAGCAAAAAAAUGCAUAUUUUUCUUUUCGUAAACACUUGUCACUUAUAUUUUUUUUAACCUUUCGAAAGAAAUAUUUUUAUAGACUUAAAAGCAGGCGAUGGAUAGUCUGUCAGUGUAAUUCUAGCCUACAUUAACAGUUGUACCUCUACAAGUACAAAUAAAGACCUCUCAUAUUGUGUUUCUCUUCUACGCAGUUCGCGGCGGCGACUCCGCGAGACACUUUAGUAUAUACCACCAGUUCGGUUAGUACUAUUUGUUAAAGUAAACCCGGAUGACAAUAAAUUGUUAUGUUCAUUUUA